GUUGGUCUGGAUGCCGCUGGCAAAACAACCAUCCUUUACAAACUUAAACUUGGAGAGAUUGUCACCACCAUCCCAACGAUUGGGUUCAACGUCGAGACAGUGGAAUACAAAAAUAUCAGCUUCACCGUUUGGGAUGUGGGUGGCCAGGACAAAAUUCGUCGUUUAUGGAGACAUUACUUUCAGAAUACUCAAGGUCUCAUUUUUGUAGUGGACAGCAGCGAUCGAGAACGCAUAGAUGAGGCUGCCAACGAACUGAAACAUAUGUUGGCCGAGGAAGAGCUACGGGAUGUGGCGGUCCUAAUUUUCGCGAACAAGCAAGACCUUCCGAACGCUAUGUCUUCCGACGAGUUAGCUGAAAAAUUACACUUGAGAGAUAUACGCAGACAUCAGUGGCACGUCCAAGUGGCUUGCGCGACCCAAGGCCAGGGGCUCUGUGAGGGCCUAGACUGGCUAUCAGAAGAGCUGUCAAAACGUCCCUAACUUCAUCCGAGUGCAGUCAGACUACUCGUCCCAUAAACGUGGCCUCAGGCAAAGAUGGACCUCAUUGCGACUGAUAAUUUGCUGGGGCAUGUUUUAUAUUGUGAUAAUCUCGUCUAUUGAGUGCACUGUUUGGGCACCUGUACCAUGCAAUAUUUUUCAAUCCGUUUCUCAUAAGACCGUGAUGGACCAAUUGUUUUCGGAUUUCUAUUCCAGAAAUUAAAGUGGGUGCAUUCACAUCAAGUAACAUUAUCCCGUUCUACUAUUUGUCAAUCUAUGGAAUUUCC